CCGGGAUUCCAUAAAAUUCAUUCCUACUGCUUGACUUAUAUUCCUUAUCGUUUAUCGUUUAUCGCUUAUCGCUUAUCGCCUACCGUCCACCGCUUAUCUCCGUUGUCGGACCGGAUCAACCGUCCAGCCGGCUAUCCUUGCAUUCUGGCACCAAACAAUAAUAAAUCUCUCUCCACAACCAACCCAUAAGCAUAAUCAAACAUCCGAGUACCAUCCCGUCAUCGAUGGUCGCCGCGACAUCAUCUCCUCCCCGGUCCAUCCGGCGUGCCGGGAAUCAUGACACAGAAAGAGAGGAUCGCGUGGAUGAGACCACGGCUCUUCUCCCGCCCAGCAGCCGUACCGACGCCGAGCCGGACCAAGAGGAAGAUAAGCCUUUGCCCCAGGCCCAGAUUCUCCUGCUGUGCUACGCCCGGGUCAUCGAGCCGCUCGCCUUCUUCUCGAUCUUCCCCUACGUCAGCCAGAUGGUGCAAGACAACGGGGGCGUGGCCGACGCCGACGUCGGCUUCUACAGCGGGCUCAUCGAGUCCCUCUUCUCGCUCACGCAGGCCAUCAUCAUGAUCUUCUGGGGCCGGGCGGCCGACCGCUUCGGCCGGAAACCCGUGCUGGUCUUCUCCCUGUUCGGCGUGACGGUGGCGACGGGCCUCUUUGGGCUGGCCCAGACGAUCCCGCAGAUGAUCCUCUUCCGGUGCCUGGCGGGCGUCUUCGCGGGCACCAUCGUCACCAUCCGCACCAUGGUGGCCGAGCACAGCACGCGCCAGACGCAGGCCCGCGCCUUCAGCUGGUUCGCCUUCAGCGGCAACCUGGGUAUCUUCCUGGGGCCCCUGCUGGGCGGGAGCCUGGCCGAUCCCGUCCGCCAGUACCCGGGGGUCUUCGGGUCGGUGCGCUUCUUCGCCGACUACCCGUACGCGCUGUCGAGCCUGGUGGUGGCGAUGGUCGGCGCGACCGCGGCGAUCUCCAGCGCGCUCUUCGUGCAGGAAACCCUCCCGAGGGAACCCCCGGCCUCCGCCGACCGUGAGGAAGCCGGCGAGUCGGCCGGCCGCGCCAUCAUCCGCGCGGAGCUCUCGACGUGGGACCUGCUCCAAGCCCCCGGGGUGGGGGUGGUCAUCUACACGUACGGGCACAUCAUGGUGCUGGCGUUCGCGUACACGGCGAUCGUCCCGGUGUUCUGGUUCACGCCGCCCCGGCUGGGCGGGUACGGCUUCACGCCGCGCCAGAUCUCGCUGCUGAUGGGGCUGAACGGCGCCGCGCAGGCGGCCUGGCUGCUGCUGGUCUUCCCGCCGCUGCAGAAGCGCCUCGGCUCCAACGGGGUCAUCCGGCUGUGCGCCUACGCCUACCCGUUCUUCUUCCUGGCCUGCCCGGCGGGCAACGUGCUCCUGCGCGUCGGCACCGACGCCGCCGUCACGGUCUUCUGGGUCUUCGUCCCCAUCACCCUGGUGCUGGGCUGCGGCGUCAGCAUGAGCUUCACGGCCAUCCAGCUCGCGCUGAACGACAUCGCCCCGUCCCCGCGCGUGCUGGGCACGCUGAACGCGCUCGCGUUGACCGGGGUCAGCGGGCUGCGCGCGUUCAACCCGGCGCUGUUUACGACGCUGUUUGCCCUGGGCGCCCGGUCGCAGUUGGCGGGCGGGUAUGCGAUCUGGGUGUUGAUGGUCGUGCUGGCGCUGGGGCUGUCGGUCGCGGCGCGAGGGUUGCCGGAGCCGCAGGAGGCGCGCAAGCGGGAUGCGCCGCGGUGAUAGUGGAGACACUGAGAUAUCUCGACGUAGCCCGGCCUGGUGAAGAGAUAGGAUAUAGACAUGAAGGGAAAGACAGACGCCCUGCCAGGAUGUCUCACAAUAUCAAGUAUAAGGAGACGCAGCUCUUCAACGCAA